GCUUACUAUUUAAUGUUGUUUUCAUACUUUUAACAGAGUUUAGCGAUUAUAUAGUUGACAAAAUAUUUAUGCAUCAGUGUUCAUCCCUGGCAGCAAAAAAAUUUGAAAUGUGUGACUGUUGCCGUGACAGCUGUGAACUCAAAGUUUUCAACAAACAUAGUAAACAAAAGGCUGCAGUCGCUGGUGCUCAUGUUUAUUUACAGUUUGUUGAAAUCGUCAAUGACCGACAGCAUAAAUAAACAAUGAGCAACAUUUACAUACAAGAACCACCGACGAUAGGAAAGGUCCUGCUGAAGACAACAGUCGGUGACAUCGAUAUAGAGUUAUGGUCUAAGGAAACACCAAAAGCAUGUCGAAAUUUCAUUCAACUGUGUUUGGAAGGAUACUACAACAACACUAUAUUCCACCGAGUGGUGAAAGGUUUCAUAGUUCAAGGUGGAGAUCCAACAGGUACUGGUACUGGUGGUGAAAGUAUAUACGGACAACCAUUUAAGGAUGAAUUUCAUACUCGUUUAAGAUUCAAUCGCAGGGGUCUGGUAGCCAUGGCAAAUGCUGGUAAAGAUGACAAUGGUUCUCAAUUUUUCUUCACCUUUGCUGCUGCCCCAGAGCUUCAGAAUAAACAUACCAUUUUUGGAAAAGUAACUGGUGAAACGAUCUACAACAUGCUGAAACUGGAAGAAGCCCUAGUAGAUGAGGAUGAACGGCCAUUGUAUCCUCAGAAAAUAUUCAAGGCAGAAGUACUGAACAAUCCUUUUCCUGAUAUUGUUCCAAGGAGAGAUCCAGCCAAGGAACAAGUGACUGAAGUAAAGAAGAAAGAGAAAAGUGCAGGUGUCAAGAAUUUCAAACUUCUAUCUUUUGGUGAAGAAGCAGAGGAAGAUGAAGAGGAAAAUGAGGUAGCCAAUAAAAUGUAUGCUGGACGUAGCAAGUCAACACAUGAUGUUCUCAAUGAUCCAAAAUUAAGUGCAGUGCCUGCAGUAGAUAUGAAUCAGAAAACAAAAAAGAAUAAGAAUGAAGUGAGAAGUGAAAAUGAUGAAGAUAAUAGUAAUGCUUCAGCAAGUGAGGAAUCAGCUUUGAGUGGUGAUGAAGAUGUUUCGAAGAGAGGUUGGAACUCGGAUGAAGAAAAGAAGGAAACAGAAAAUAUACGGAAAAAGUUAAAAACUGAAUAUUCUAAAACUGAUCAAUCUCACAAAAAAACUGUUCCUGAUGCAAAGGAAUCUGAAAGUGAAGGGGAAGAUUAUUAUUUGGGUCAAGAGCAAGAUAAAGAGAGGAAAAGAAAAAUGGAGCAGAUUCGUAAGGAAAUAAAAGAUUUAAAACGUGAAAUGAAGAACGAUAAACAGAAUAAGGAAACUGAAAUAAAGUUGUUGGCUGCUGAGAAGAAGGAGAAGGAAAUACUUAAAGAAUAUAAUGAAACAGUAGCAAAAUACAAACAGAAAAAGCAAGAAAUGCCAAAGAAAGGUCAGUCAAGAGAGGAAUUCACUCUUUCAUUGCUGUCAAAAUUUCAGAAGAAACUUGCAGAAGCAAAGGACAAAGCUCAAAAUAGUGCAGAUCAAGGUGAUGAUAAAAAAGAUGAUGACUCAAAUGCUGACAGUGAAAGUGAGGAAUGGUUGACACACAAACUUCAGUUUGAGGAGAAACUGCCAGUUUUGGCCAAGGAUGCCAGCACAAAAGAUGAUGACUGGUUUGAGAUUUAUGACCCCAGGAAUCCAAUAAACAAGAGAAGACGAGAAACAAGUAAAAAUGCCAUGAAAAAUAAAGAGAAACAAUAAUUGUAGAACAAGUACAAAGAAGAACAUUGAGUGUAACUAUGAAGCAUUUGCAACAAGUGGCCUACUCAACUGAAUGAUCUCACUAGCUAAAAUGUGCAGAAAGACACUCAAAAGGGCUGUAAAGAUGAGGUGAACACAUAAGGACCAGAAUUAGUAUUGUGACUCAUGUUGUAUAUUAUUAUCUUUAGUUGAAGGUUAUUAUAAAGAAAUGUAUACAGACAACAAAUAUUUACUGAACAGAUCAAAUGCAUUGAGCAAAAUUGCUUUUACUACAAUAAUAUUUUGAGUUUCACCUCAGGUGGUGCAUAACUCCUUCUCCCAUACAUACACUAGAACAACCUUUGCAAAAAUUGGUAUUCUUAAUUGGGAUUCUUCAUACAUACCUAAUUGAUAAGUUUAACUAUGAGGCAGUAUAAUAGGAAGCACUAAUACAUUCCUAGAAGAAAGAGAGAGACAAGAACUCUUUGCAGGGCAUAAAUAUACAAAUUGUUUCUGACUGAGGAGAUGUCAGUGUCAUCAGCUAGCACCACCUUAGAUACUCUGCAUGAUUCUAAGAGUAAAUUUGUGGCACACCUACCAUAUUAAAAUUAGAGCAGCUGAUUACUUGUACUUUUAAAUCCAACAUGAAUUCCUACAAUUUUGCAGUUGGUUCUUGCUGUUUCAUUUUGAGCAUAAUUACUUUAUUGUUUCCCCAUUUCAUAUACAAUUACAUAUGCUCCCUCUGCAAAGCAUUUUCUGCCUUCACAGCAAAUGCUUCAUUAUCAUAAGUGUGGUGUAGUGGCAAUUGCAUUGACCACUUCAUUUUUACAUGAUCAUUUAUGACUUUAUUAACCCUUUUUCUGUUGUGGGCGUGUGUAAAAGUCCUGCUGAGUCAUUCCUCAGGUGCUUUUGGACAUCACAAUGCAUCCUGAGCCACUGACACCUCACUGCUGCGGACGACUUACUUCAGUAUCUGAGAAAAUAAAGAAGUUUCCAGUAUUUAUCAUAGAACAUAUAUGCCUCAUUGUGUGCUAUCAUUUGCAAGAAAACUCAUUUCAGUAUCUUGAAUUGUUUAUGAGAUAUGAUUAUUAUUAUGGCCACUAUCCGUGAUGUGCAAGGACAUGUAUAAGUGCAUGGUGCACAGCCAUCUUCUGGAUAUAAAAUGCAAUAACUCGAGAACAAAAUGAAGUAACCUUCUGCUCUCAAUUUCAAAUAAAAUUUUAAUAUCUUAUCAACAUUUCAUUCAUUGCAGUGUAUGGGCUAAAACCCAACCGUAUCCGAAGUUUAUGCAAUGUGUUUUUACCCCUGCAAAAUUUUCAAGUUUCCCACAACGUUUUACUUAAUUUUAUCAAGCACAGUAAUUAUGACACAUCAAGCGAAGAUAUCAGACUGUAGGAUGAGCAAAAAUCAAAUUUUUUCACCUAAUAAUUUUCUUAAAUACAGAUGAUAAGUAUUUCAUAGCAGCUGGCAUGUUCAUGUGGACAGAACUGAGCAUGUCACACCCAGCCAUCCAUCAGAUAUAAAGCCCAAUAACUUGAGACAAAAAUUAAAUAUCAUUUUGCUCUCAAUUUUGAAUAAAAUUUUGAUAUUGUAUCUUACAUUUCAUUCGCUGCAGUGUAUGUGCUAACAUCAGCCAUACGCAAAGUUUAUGCAGUGUCUUUUUACCUAUGCAAACUCUUUAAAAAAAAUUCCAUUGUUUUACUUAAUUUGAUGCAGCACAGUAAGUAUGAUGGAUAACAAAAAGAAAUUAAUUUCUUUAUCGAGCGAAGAUAUCAGACUGUAGGAUGUGCAAAAAUCAAUUUUUUUCACCUAAUAGUUUUUGAAAAAUUGGAUGAUAAGUAUUUCAUAUCAGUUGGAAUGCUGUCUUUUCAGCACAGGCACCAGCUUUUGGUGAGAGUACAGUCAUAACAAAAGCUGCCCCAACCAGAAUACAAAGACCACAUCUGUAGCAGCUAAAGGGUUAACUAUCCAUUCAUCAAAUGUCUUCUGACACUCCAUUCCUUUUUACAUUCAUCAGACAUCAGCAAAAACACCCUAAGUGCGUUAGCGUCAUUAGAAUAAAUUAAUAGGGUAAAAGUGGACCCUUAUUCUACGACAGAGCACAUCAGUGUUUAGCUGUACAAAGUUUGUUUAUUUACUGUAUUACUGUCAAUGAAGCACACUCAUUUACAUAGAGUGUGAGAUGACAAUUUCAGGACAAUUGUCAAAUUAAUGUAUUACAUCCUGAUUAGCCAAAAUAACACUGAACACAACAAUAUCAAAUUUAAAUAGAAGGUUCUCUACAAGUUUUUUCUUACAUCUAGACAGUGAAACACUGGGAUGAGUUGGCCAAUAUUUCGUAAAAUCAUCUAAUUCCAGUUUCUAAGUUCAGUACUAUUUAGGAUGACAAUCAAGUGUACAGAUGGUUAGCUUUUUGUGACAAAAUAUGCAAAAGAUUACUCAAAGUUGCUCAUGUUCACAGUGGAUGCAAGCUGGUGAUCCAAUAUUUUUACACCUCUUUCAGUGGCAUUUACCUUCAGCUACAACAUAUUGUAGGCUGUAAGGCUGCCCUCGCCUUCUUAAAAUCCUAUGAAAAGCUAAUCAAAAUCCAUACUGAUUUUAUCAGCUGAAACUGCCCUGUCUCUCUCGUUACAUGAGAAAACAUGCACUCAUCCCUAGUCUGGAAAAUAUGGUGAUAUACACGCACAUAGAUGGAGCAGCAUGUAUACUGUAAUGCCCUCUCAGUUCUCACAAGAACAAUUAACUACACGGCUGUUUCGUUUCUGUGCUAUCGGAGUCAACAACUCGUCAGCUAAUUUCUAGCUGAAUGUCAGCUAGAGUAAAUGCAGUGUUCACACAAAAUUCAUCUUUUCACGUCGUGCGGAGCGUGAUGCGCCCUGUUCUACACUUGACGCUGGUUCAGAGGAGAGUCCCAGAAGUUUUCGGUAUUCUGUCUUUCGUAGCAAACUGUCUCCCACCUGUACCCUUUCGUGCGUCGCGUCACGGCUUUUUAGACCAAUGGUAGCGUUCCUUUCAUCUCGUGGAGACUACCCCACCAGUCGCAAAGGGUGUAACUUCAAACUGCAUCAUAAUCUCACCUCUUCUACUCCUUCCGAGUUUAUUUCAGCAAUCGGACAUUUUGUGCCCACUCCUGACACCUGAAAGUUACAUUCGUACAUCACAGGAGCACAUGGACCUUCCACAUGAUCAGAAAAUGCAACUCUAUUUAACUGCAUCUCAGCCCUGUUUGCAUCCGCAAUUUUCUAAAGAAUUUCUCCGUCAUAGGCAGUGCUUGGCUGUCACCUACUCCAUUCGAUGGACCACCUGGUACAUUCGCUGUCUCCACCACUAUGGGUCACACCCUGCUAAAAGCCUUUUGCUUUACGUGGGCCAUGGUCGGGCAACCCAAGUCCGUCCCAAACUCAAGCGUCUCUUCCAGCAGCUUUUUUUUCACCUUUUGCUCAUUGACAUGCAGGAUUUGGAUUCGGUGUGUUAAUACCAUUGAAUUCAGUGUCAUACUUUUUUGCAUUACAUGCAUUUAAUUUUGACUGGCAAAUCUUCUCACAAUCACCAAAGUAUGUCAUGUGACAUAUCAAUCUACUUGUUACAACAUAUAGAAUCUCAUGUAAGGUGAGUAAUUAACAUUCAUUCAAGCUGCCACCUUACAUAUCCGCCUCCUGCCAUGUUCAGUUUUGUGCUGAGUCAAUCAAUGGUUAACAAAUUGAUUGAAGUCAGUGCAAAAUUGUUCUCAGGUGCUGAAUGUAUCAGCUGUUAUAUACUUAUAUUGACUAACUCUCUGUUUUAAUUUGGCAUAGUUGAAACAGGUGUUCUUUCAGUCUCUCUUUGUUCUUCCACCACAAUUGAUUUAGUAUGUACUAAAGAUUUGAGCACAAAAACUAAUGUUUUUCCAGAAUUUAACUUGUUUUACUAGUUUUCGGACUUAAUAUAUUUUUUAAAUAAUAUAAAGCCAUUUUUUAAUACUCUAUGGUUGUCUAUACUUUAAUUUUAAAUUUAAACAAAAUAGUGAUUCUCUUUCAAUUUAUGUACUGUUUAUUUAUAUCUGACUUUAAUGCAAAUUUGUACCACUCCUAAUUUUUAAAUUUGAGACAGAUUUUUAUUUGACAUCAAGACUUAUAUUAAAUGAUGAUGGACAUGUAUUGAAGUUGAGGAAACCUUCAUUUAAGAUUACCCUCUCCUUUUUCAGUACUUAUGUCUUAUUCUCAACCUGAAGUUCUAUGUUAUUAGUAGCUCUAUGGCAAUUAUAAUUCAAGAAAUUUAUAUCUCUUACUAUAAUUUCUCAAGUUAUCUUACAUUUAUAAGCACCAUUCCCAUAACUUUACAAACUGAAUCCCAUUAAUUGGUACAUUCAACAUCACAAACAUAUUUAUA